GACGCUCUGCGGCAACGUCGCGCGUCCCCUCAGCCCGCAGUGACAACAACAAGGAAGUGAGUGCAGCCGCCGGCCCGGACUGACGCGCAGCGACCCGGCCGCAGCCCCGCCGCCAUGAACAGCAAAGGUCAAUACCCAACACAGCCUUCCUACCCAGUCCAGCCCCCUGGUAAUCCUCCAGUGUAUCCACAGACCAUGCCUCUUCCUCAGCCACCACCGUACACUGAUGCGCCUCCUGCUUACUCAGAGCUCUACCGGCCAAGCUUUGUGCCUCCAGGGCCUGCCACCAUGCCCACUAUGUCUGCUGCCUAUCCUGGUACUUCUCUGUUCCUGCCUGUGGCACAGUCUGUGGCUGUGGGACCCAUAGGCUCCUCCGUUCCAAUGGCAUACUACCCUGUGGGUCCUGUCUAUCCCCCAGGCUCAGCGGUUCUUGUCGAGGGUGGCUUUGAUGCUGGAGCACGGUUUGGAGCUGGUGCCACUACUAAUAUCCCUCCCCCACCUCCUGGCUGCCCUCCCAAUGCAGCCCAGCUGGCAGUCAUGCAGGGUGCCAAUGUGUUGGUGACGCAACGGAAGGGGAACUUCUUUCUGGGGGGCUCGGAUGGUGGCUACACUAUCUGGUGAACAAUCAAGUCAAACAAAAAGGGGCGCGAGGGGGGCGGGGGGAGGGGGCUUCAUUUGUGUAAGGAAAGACAUCACAUACUGUCAGCACUUCUCACCAUGUAACUGCUUUAGUCAUAUUAACCUGAAGUUGCAGUUUAGACACAUACUGGAUGGGGCAUCCUCUUGAUGCCCAUCCCUUCAGGCACUUUGAGUCCUUUUGAACCAUGUCAUGGUAGCAGUGCCUCUAUUCACCCGGGGUUAAAUCAUGAAAUGAACGUGAGCUAAGGAGCCCCACAGAUCUUCUUUUUAAUUCCACUGGAGUAAAUACUGUAGCACUGUCUUUUUUUUUUUGCUUUAUUAAUCAGCUAGGUAUGAAUUUGGCUGUGGGGGUGGGAAAGGGUUAGGAAAGAAACCUGGCUUCCACAUCUAAUCCGUGCAGACCUGUCUCAACUCUAUGGCCUGGCAGUAGGGUUGAGAGAUGUGUGUUAUGUUUCCUCUUCUAUAGAAUCUGUGGAUAGAAAGCCAGUCAUAUUAAUUUUUCCCUGGAGGGCCCAUAGUCAGACAUAUAGGGCUUUUUUCCUUCCUGACUUCCUAGGAGAAGGGAUCCCUUGAAGCACUCUGUGCUCACAUUUGCUCUUCAUUUCUCUCCAGGAAGGUAUACAGCUAGAGUGUACCACGGGGCGUUCUUUUAUACACUCCAAGGAAUCUUGGACUUCUUUGCACAUUUAAGAAUCUAAUCAAAGCCAUGCUUUGGUGCCAGAAACACAAUGCAACUCAUGUUUAAACAUUUCAUUAAAUGCUAUCUAGACCUUUAAAAACUACAAGCUUAGCAACAUUUUUGUUUUCUGUUUUAGAGCAGCCUGGUGUCUUGACAGCAAAAUUCCUUAAGGGGAUUUAGUCAGAACAGAGAGACAGGUGGUUUCCAUCUGCACUGAGGUGUGUUGCAGUUGUCAGUCAGCACACAAAUUUCCUUGCUCGUUUGGGUUGUUUUAGGAAUGCAUAAUUAAAAAAAAAAAAUGGCUUGGGUACAGUGAAGUCUUAUUAGGGUUAAGAAAUAUUUCAGGGAUCCUCUAUCUUUUGGGUUUUUGUUUUAUGAAGAAAAAAAAUCAGAUUUGAAUAUAUUUUAUCUUGAGGUUUCAGUUUAAUCUAAGUCUGUGUAUUGUGUAUAUGUUGUGUUUAACCAUUUAACUGACUGUUAUGGAAGUUCAGCAUUAAGUCUUUCUCUCUGUACACACUGUGGUGCACUUAACUUGUGGAUUUUUUUAUACUAAAAAAAAAAAAGUAGAAUAAAGACUAUUUUGAAAAUUUGAAUAAA